AUGUGGCCGGGCCCCGCGCUGCUGCUCCUGGGCCUGGGCCUGGGUCUGGGCAGCCAGCCGCCACCCACCGGCCCUCGCGGGCUGCCGGGCGUGCUCAGGGGCGCCCCGGGGUUGGGGCAGGACACGGAGAGCAGCGUCCGGGGCAGUGACACCGGUGGCCUGUCCCCGCGUGCAGCCCCGCGCCGCGCCAGCCCUACGCUGCCCCAUAGGUGUCCCUCGGGCGCAGCUGCGCGCGUCCUCCUGAAAGUCAACUCUUCGGACCCCGCAGCCAACAAGGCAACGGUGUCCUGCCAGAGGGUCACCUGUAUUAUACAGCCAGUGAAGAUCAACAGGAAGGACCAGAACGCUCCCCUUAUCCUGAGCAGAGACGAGGAAGCUACCCUCAAUGUCACUGUGCGUUAUCACUGUCCUGGUGCCUUGGUCAUUCGCAAGACCUGGGCAUACUUUUCGGUGGCCUCUGUGAAUGACACCCCCGAUUGGAACCGACCUGUGCUCUUGCCGCAGGUGUCAGUGUCCAAGGGUUUCUCCCUCCACAUCCCCAAAUAUGCCCUGCCUUACGGGGUGUAUGUAUUUAACUUUACACUAUCCAUCUUCAGGUGGGACCCUUCCUGGCCCACGGCGAGAGGCUCAGAUAUCAUCUACAUUUGGGUUAAAAAACGCCCCCUGAAGGCUGUUCUUCUUGGAGCCCCCAGAGUAACCAUGAAGUUCUCCGAUGAACUGAUUCUGAAUGGAAGCAUGUCCCACGACCCAGAGGCAGACAUCCCCACGUGGGGACUCCAAUUUUUUUGGUAUUGUACCACAAAUCCAAGAUACUAUAGUGGCAACUAUGUAUUAGUGAUCAACCAGGAUGUCUGCCACCCAGAACAGGAUUCACUGAACUGGCCUUGGGCAGUGGGCUCUGUACUAACCAUUCCACCAAAAACUCUUAGGGGCAAUGGUGUGUAUUACUUCAGAAUGGUGGUACAGAAGCAAAACAGAACUGCAUUUUCUGAUAAAAUUGUACACGUGCUCCAGGGGCUUCAGCCCAAGGUGCACAUUUCCUGCAUUGAAAAUUGUGGCCCCAUGUUAGCUGUAUCAGAUAGAUUUUCUCUGUUUCUGAAUUGCCCAAGUUGUGGCCACCAGGAUUCGUAUAGCUGGUCCAUUUUGUCUCUAAUGGGCCAUGAAGUGAUGUUUGACUGGGCAGGGCAAGCCAUCACCAGGAGGAAUGGAGCUUAUUUGUCCAUAAAAGCUUUUGCCUUUAGGAAUUUUUUGGAAAAUAGGUUUUGGGUUUCUCUGAUUCUGAAAUCUUGGGGUGGUGUGACCACGACCUUGAGACACCCCAUUGUCAUUAACCAUGGCCCUCAAGUUGGCAAAUGCAAGAUUAAUCCAGCUAGUGGGAUUUCCAUGGUUACUAAAUUUGCUGUUGAAUGUAGUGAUUUUAAGGAUAAGAACCUUCCCCUUAAGUAUAAAAUAAUAGUAUCUGAGUUGGAUAGCAUUGGCGAAAUAAGUUCCGUAGAAGAGAAUACACUGGGUUCCGUGGUGUAUUCAGGUACAGAGCCUACAUCACCAGCCUUCUUUCUCCCUGUCGGUACGGUGACAGAUCAGUACAAUGUGAGGCUUUAUGUUCAGGUCUAUGACUCCUUAGGGACAUUUUCUCAAGUGACUUUGCAAGCCACUGUGAAGGCACCUACUGUCAGGGACUCUUCAAAGAACGUUUUACAGCAGCUGCUCAAAGUCACCAUGGAACCGACAUCGCUGUUGUCCACCUUGCUUCAAAAGCAGGACUGGCUACAGGCAGGCUACUUAAUCUAUGUGGUGACUUCUGUCUUGAAUAACAUAAAAGGGGAGCUGGAACUUCAAGACGACAGAGCCCGUCUCCUGGAGCACCUCGUCCAACAGUCUCUCACGUUUGCUAUGAACACAGAGGACGAGAUCGGUCAGUCAGUGAUGGUCAUUACCAAAUUAACCCAGAAAGCCUCUGACUUGAGUCAAGCGGAUUUAGAGGCCAUCACGUUCCGGCUUAGGCAAGCAAGCCAAGACCUACAAGCAUACCAGCACAGACACAAGCACCUUCACUCCCGGCAGGUUGAAGUUGUGAGCACUGGCAUCCUAACCAGUCUGUCUAACGUUCUUAAGCUGAUUAAUCCCUACUAUACGUUACAAGAUCCUUUGUUUGUCGUAGAAUCACUAUCAGACACAAUACUGGAUAACAAGCUGCCAGGGAGCAAGACCACUGCACUGAGGACCAGCAACUUCAACAUGUAUGUGGAGAAAGUUGAAAACUGGAAUGUUUUUAAGGCCUUCAGAAAUGAUUCACUCUGUCCAAACUGCCUCCGUGCGACACUGAACGCAAGCGCAGUUCCCGGGCUACCCCCAAAGGCUCCAAUUUCUAUGAUGUUUUGUGAGUUCACAGAGGACCCCUUUCCUUGGCUGACUUACCCGGAAAACAGUUCUGUAGAUGUGGUCGGGUUCAGAAUGACUGGAGUUGCAGAUAACGGUAAGGUCAUAGAGAUCACACCUGACGUAGCAGAAGUGUACCUGGUCAGAAAAGAUCUGACCCCUUCGAGUUUUAACCUUACAGUGGGACCUGGCAUCAAAAGUGAUGGGUUCUCAAAGAUGACAACAGGUGGAAUUAGCUUUGAGGUGGACAGCAGGUGGACUGGGGAGCUACUUAUCCACAUUGUCACAAAUGUGACAGUGUUGUUUGAGGCCUUGGUAUAUGAAGGCCAUCAGCUCACGCCCGCCAAUCUGAUGGCCUCUUUCCUUGUUCCUCAUGACACUUCUCCCACUGUCAAGUGGAGAGGCCUGUUUGACCCAACCUGUUCAGUCAAGGAGGCCCGCGUAGUUUGUCUGUCAUCAUCCCUGCUUCGAAGCAUAUCUCAGCGCAGACUUUCAUUCAAGUAUAACAUAUCUGUGGUCCUGCAGGCAUCGCGUUUUGUCCUGAAGCCCACUAACAAGCUAGUGAGAAUUGCUCUCUUUAUGGUUCACUGUUUGGACAUGUAUGGGAUCCAGAGUGAUUGGCAACAAAGUACCUGUGUGCUGGGUGAAAAGACCACAUGGAAAACAGUACACUGUAUCUGUAGGAAUGGAAGGCGGAGCCGGCGGCAGCUGACUUCUGCAAAGCUGACGUACCAUCAUCUGCACACCCACUUUGUAACUGCUAAGGUAAUUGUGGUCCCUAACCCCGUGGAUCUGAGGCUAGCGGUCAUUAGUAACCUUACCCAAAACCCUGCCACCUUCCUGGCCGUGCUUUUCAUUAUGAUCUUGUAUGUGAUUCUGGCUUUCUGGGCCUUGCACAGGGAUGUGAUAGAUCUGUAUCUUCGGGACCACGUGAUAAUACUGACCGAUAAUGAUCCUUUUGAUACCCUAUGCUACCUAGUAACCAUCUUUACUGGGAGUCGCUGGGGGUCUGGAACCAGAGCCAAUGUUUUUAUCCAGCUUAUGGGAACGGAGAGUACCAGUGAUGUUCACUGUUUAAGUCAUCCGUAUUUUAAAACCCUAUACCGAGGAAGUAUCAAUACUUUCCUCCUAACAACCAAAAAUGACUUGGGGGACAUCCAUUCCAUACGAGUGUGGCAUGACAAUUCGGGCAAAGCACCUAGCUGGUACCUAAGUCGAAUCAAAGUAGAAAAUCUAUUCAACAAGCGCAUUUGGCUUUUUGUGUGCCGGAGGUGGCUCUCUGUGGACACCACUUUGGAUGCAACGUUUUCUGUCACCAACCCGGAUGAGCCUCUGAAAAAGACAGACUUCUUCAUGAUCGAUGUGAGGGAUAAUCUUGGGAAGAACCACAUGUGGUUCUCCAUUUUCACGGACAUUGUCCCCAAACCAUUCAACAGGCUCCAGAGGCUGUCCUGCUGCUUGGCCGUGCUGCUAAGCUCUCUUGUGUGCAACAUCAUGUUUUUUAACUUGAACCAAAAGGAGCAAAUUGAGUCCAGCCACAUGUACAUCAUCAGUUCAAUGGUGAUAGGCAUCGAAAGCGUCUUAAUCACAAUCCCUGUGCAAUUAUUGAUAACUUUUUUCUUCACCUAUUCCCAGAAGAAUCUUAAACUGACUCUAGACAAAGGGGCACCCCAGAAGCACCCCCUGAUGUCAGAGGAAGGUCUGUCCUGGAAAGAGCGAUUGCACAAAUGGCAUGAAUAUGAAAUGAAGGCUCUCCCCAGGAAAGCUGCCGUGUCCACCUCUGCUUCCAAGAAAAAGGAAGCCUCUGAAACCUCACAGAAGCAUGAGAAAGCAGACACCCAAAUGUCCAAUAAGAACAUCAGUAACAAUAACCUAGAAGCCAGCGAAGGUGUCCCUCCGAAAGCUUCCUCUUCCCAAAUGCAUACUACUGAGUCUGUUAAAAAGAAGACCCAGAUUAUCCUGCCCAGGUGGUGUGUUUAUAUAGGCUGGUUUUUGGUGUUCGCCACUUCCGGUAUAUCGUCAUUCUUUAUUGUAUUUUACGGCCUGACUUACGGCUAUGCCAAGUCAAUAGAGUGGCUCUUUGCGUCAUUCUGUUCCUUCUGUCAGUCUGUGUUCCUCAUACAACCAUGCAAGAUUCUACUGAGGUCAGGCACCAGGUCCUACAAACCCAAGUACUGUAAGAACCUCUCGUGGUCCAGCAAGUACCAUUACUCAGAAAUCAGGCUGCAGGAGUUGAAGAUGACACGAGAGGAGAUGGAGCAGCUUCACGAGGACAUGGCCUACGCCCGAAGCUUGAGCGUGUACCAGCCCAUCACUGAGGACAAAAUCCAAAUCCUCAGGCGGGAGAACAGGAUCCGGAGGAGGUCCUUCUUAUUCCUGAGCUACCUCGUGACUCACUUCAUAUUCCUGACCCUUCUCCUGUUGCUCAUUUUCUCACUGCGUCACAACGACAGCUUCUACUAUAACCAGUUUAUUCGCCAUCGGUUCUCCAUGGAUCUUGCCACCGUGAUGAAGCUGGGAGAUAUCUACAUAUGGCUCAAUGGCGUGUUCCUCCCUUUGUUACACAAUGACCCAAACCCAACAUUCCUUCCGGAUAGCUCUUCUAAAAUCCUUGGCCUUCCACUCAUGAGGCAAGUGAGAGCCAGACCUAGCAACAAGACAUGUCUGUUGGCCAAGAAGUUUGUACAGAGCAGCAUUGCAGGGGAAAUCCAUUGUCACCCACGGUACGGCAUUGACCCAGAAGACACACAACACUAUUUCAGUGUCUGGAGUAAGGCUGGCAAGCAGUCUACAGACAAAGCUAGCAAUGGGUUUACUUAUAAGCCUCCGGGGAAGAAAUGGGUGUAUUAUUCCUAUGGAGUACUAAACACCUAUGGGUCUGGAGGGUAUGCGUUCUACUUCUUUCCAGAACAGCAGAUGUUUAAUUCCACAGUGAGGCUCCAGGAACUCGAGGGAAAGAAUUGGCUGGAUGAGCUGACAUGGGCCGUGAUUGUGGAACUGACCACUCUGAAUCCAGACACCAGUCUGAUGUGCAGCAUUUCGGUUGUAUUCGAAGUCUCUCCCUUAGGGGUUGUCAACUCUAGCCUCUCUGUGUACUCCUUCUCGCUGGCCGAUUUCAACAGAAAAACGUCAUCAGAAAUCUACCUGUACGCCGCCAUUCUUAUUUUCUUUUGUGCCUAUGUUGUGGACGAGGGCUACAUCAUCAGGCAGGAGAUGGCUUACUACAUAAGGAGCGUGUACAACCUGCUCAACUUCUCUCUCAAGUGCAUGUUCACUCUCCUGAUAGUGCUUUUCUUCUGGAAGUACCUCCUGGCCACCAAAAUGGUCCAGCUUUACCUUGCUGACCCUGAAGCCUUUGUCCCCUUCCAUGCCGUUUCUCGGGUUGAUCACUUCCUGAGAAUCAUCUUGGCUUUCCUGUUGUUUCUGACCAUACUGAAGACACUCAGAUAUUCCAGGUUCUUCUAUAAUGUGCGCCUGGCUCAGAAGGCCAUCCAGGCCUCCCUUCCUGGCAUCUGCCACACGGCUUUGGUGGUGUCUAUAUAUUCCUUCAUGUACGUAGCUUUUGGGUACGUGGUGUUCGGUCAGCAUGAAUGGAAUUACAGCAGCAUGAUUCAUGCCACCCAAACCAUCUUCUCCUACUGCGUGUCAGCCUUUCAGAACACAGAAUUUUCCGGCAACAAGGUUCUCGGGGUCCUGUUUCUGUCGUCUUUCAUGUUGGUGAUGAUCUGUAUCUUCAUCAACUUGUUUCAAGCAGUGAUUCUGUCUGCCUACGAUGAGAUGAAGCAGCCUGUGUACGAGGAGCCGUCCGAUGAGGCCGAGGCUGUAACCUAUCUGUGCAGCAGGCUAAAAUCCGGGUUUGACUUUCUCAUCGCCCGAUCUAGAGACAAAGACCAAUCUGACUUCUUCGUUGACAUGCUCUAUGGGCAGCCGGAGAAGAAUUCUCGCCGAUUCCUGGGACUGAAGGCCAGAAACAUCAACGGGCAGAAAAUGAUUUACCUUGUUGUCUGA